UGGUAGCCAUGCUUUUGAACAUUGUCGUAAAUUUACGUUCAAACCGUUCCAAGAGAGAAAAGACUUCAUCAGGGAACACAGGCUCUGUGACUGUUGCCUAGAAGCAAGACCUCCUCACUUGGCUAGGAAUUGUAGAAGUGGCCGUAUUUGCCCUAUCGUAGGCUGUGGUAAAAGACAUCAUCCUUUGCUUCAUCCUGCAACAUCGAACUCAGCAUAUCAAACAUCUGCAACUCCCAAGACUUUCAGCAAUAGUAAUCUGAAAGCUCCCGCCACAGCUCAAAAUGAGAGACAUAGUAAUGUCAUUGGAAGCAUAGCGCAAUGUAGUGCUACACAAACCAAUCGACCACGCAUAAGUUUGCAGGUGAUUCCUGUUCGUGUUAGUGGGGUAGAUGGAGGCCAAGAGAUUGAAACCUAUGCAUUUCUUGACAGUGGUUCUGAUUCGUCUAUCUGUCUUUACAGCCUUGCUGAUAAAUUAGGCAUUACAGGUAAACCUGUCAAUUACACAUUGUCCACACUGAAUGCAGAGAGGCAGAUUAAUGGUCAUGAAUUACAGAUGGAUGUAAGAGGUCUAAAUUUGGUCAAUGGUGUGCGACUGGAUAAAGUUUGGACAACGGAUAGAUUACCGAUAGCAGCUGACAGUAUUCCGACCAAGUUGGAUAUAAAAGGAUGGUCUCACCUGAAUGAUAUAGAAUUGCCAGAGAUAGAAGUUAAAGACGUUACUCUCCUCAUUGGGAAUGAUGUCCCCGAGGCACAUUGGGUUCUUGAGGAGCGUCGUGGUGAAAGGAAGCAACCAUAUGGUAUUCGAACACUACUUGGUUGGACAUUCAUUGGACCAAUGGGCAGAAAGAAGCGUGGAGGUAACAGCAUCAAUUUUAUUAAUGUUGACCAAGUCUUGGACUCUGAUUCCCCAAUUCAGUGUCUCGAACCUAUAACUUCUCAGCUUCAUCGCAUGUACAAUGCAGAUUUCACAGAGUCCUUGUUUGAUACCAAGGCAUGUAUGUCGCUGGAAGAUAGAAGAGCAAAGGCGAUCAUGGACAGUUCAGUUUGUCUGAUUGAGGGUCACUACCAGCUGGCUCUUCCUUGGCGAUAUGAUGAUCCCUGCUUACCCAACAACAAAUGGUCUGCUCUAAAGAGGUUGAAGCUACUGAAGAGGCGUCUAUUGAAAGAUCCUGCACUUAUGAAGAAAUAUAAAGACACAUUGGAUGGUUACAUCUCCCAGGGUCAUGCAAGAAGAAUGCCCAAUGUGGAUUCAUCAGCAACGAAGUCUGGCUCUACUUGGUAUUUACCUCAUCAUCCAGUAAUCCACUCGAAUAAACCAGAGAAGGUGAGAGUUGUUUUUGACUGCGCUGCCAAAUACCAAAGCACAUCUCUUAAUGAUCAGCUUCUGCAAGGUCCUGAUCUAAAUAAUACCCUUGUGGGAGUACUUCUUCAAUUUCGAAAAGAGCCAGUUGCCAUUGUCGCUGACAUCAAGCAAAUGUUCCAUCAAGUUAAGGUGAAGAAGGCAGACUGCGAUGCACUAAGAUUCUUAUGGUGGCCGGAAGGAGAUUUAUCUAAAGAUCCAGCCGAUCAUCAAAUGUUGGUGCAUCCAUUUGGUGCCACAUCUUCACCAAGCUGUGCAGCAUAUGCUCUGAAGAGAACUGCAGAUGACAACAGAAGUAAUUAUGACACUCAUAUUGUGGAUACUGUUUAUAGAAACUUCUACGUCGAUGAUUGUCUGAAGUCUGUUGCUAGUGUUGAAGAAGCCAAGGAACUGGUGAAACUGUUGCCUGAAAUGUUAGCUAAAGGAGGUUUUCAUCUAACAAAAUGGAUAUCCAACUGUCGGGAAUCUUAG